AUGGCUCAACGAAAGUUGCAGCAGGAGAUUGACAAGACAUUCAAGAAAGUUGCUGAGGGAAUUGUGGUGUUUGAAGGCAUAUUCGAUAAGAUACAACAAGCCACCAACGCCUCGCAGAAGGACAAAUUGGAGGAUGCUCUCAAGCGCGAGAUCAAGAAGCUCCAACGGCAUCGAGACCAGAUAAAGACGUGGGCCGCCGGAAAUGAAAUCAAAGACAAGAAGCCGCUCAUGGAGCAGCGGAAAGCCAUUGAGAACGAGAUGGAGAAGUUCAAGGCGGUCGAGAAGGAGAUGAAAACCAAGGCCUUUUCGAAGGAAGGACUGCAAGCUACAGCGAAGCUGGAUCCUAAAGAGAAGGCGAAAUUGGAUAUGUGCAAUUUCCUCCAGAAUAUGGUUGAAGAGCUGGAGCGACAAAUCGAAACGCUCGAAGCCGAAGAGGAAGCUUUACAGGCCACAGUUAAAAAGGGCAAGAAGGACACCGGUAAAGCAGACCGUUUGUCCGAGAUAUCGAGGACUACGGAGCGGCACAAAUAUCAUCAGGGGAAACUAGAGCUACUGUUACGAUCUUUGGAGAAUGGCAACGUUGAAACGGAGCAGGUACAAGAUUUAGAAGAAAGCAUCAAGUACUACGUUGAAGAGAAUCAGGCGGUGGACUUUAAUGAAGACGACUCAAUAUACGAUGAUCUAAAUCUCGAGGAAGAGGAGGAAACUUUCGGCCUGAGCAAUGAUAAUGAUCGAGUUUCUUCACAAGAUACACAAUCGAUAGCAGAUGACAUCCCAGAAACCGCGGAUGCGCGAGGUCCUGGCACAGGUGCUGGGAAACCGAAAUCGACGUCCGUCUCAGAGCCUCAAGGUACGGGUGUCCGAAGACCAUCGAACCAAUUGAAGUCGCCCUUACCAGCUCUGGCAACACUUCAUACCCCCUUAGCAAACGCAACCAACGGUACGGCAAACAACAACAUGAAGCCUGCACCUUUACCCACAAGAGCCCCAGGAGAGACGCUAAAGUACGCUUCAGCAGCCGCAGCGGCGGCAGCAAGUGACAAAGCUGCUGUGGGAAUAGCACCAUUACCUCCACCACCAAGCACGGCCCCAGCGCCAACGCCUAGCGCGCCGCCUGGCCUGUCUGCUUUCCCGUCUACACAAAAGAGCAGUGCAACCACCUCACCCAGCGCAGCACCUUCACUACCGGCGAGCUCUGGUCCCACACCUGCCCAAAAGCCUGCUGUGCCUGUAUCAGCAACCUCAGAAACUCCUCCAAGCACACAAACCCAACCAAAAUCCCCACCACCUACCCAGCCGAAUGCGACUGCUUCGGCCAGCACUCGCAAUGUCCCAACUCCAUCUGUAGCGGCUGAUACCUCUAUACACUCGCGGGCUUCGUCAGCUUCGAAGAUAGCAGCAGCUGUUCAGUCACCAGCUAACGAAGCUCCUCUUCCAGCGCCACAAGAGACGCACAAUACCCUUGUUCAAACCAAACCGCCUGUUCCAGAACAAACAAAUGGCGAGCCACCAAGACAAGAAGAGGAUGAGUCUGUUUAUCACCUGCCAGCAAGCCUACAGGAUCUUCUACAGUCAUUUGAAAUCACAAAGAGCCGAACGCCUGCAUCCGACUCACCUUCUGUACAACGGCUGCUUGCAGCGUCUCAUGCCAGUCGUCCAGAUUAUCUGGAUGCGGAGAAGCCACGCCACUACCGACCAGACACAAAAUAUAACACGCCAGCAUAUUAUCCACAGGAGCCAUUCCCAAAUCUAGACGAUCCUAGCUUGUACAGCAAGAUCGAUACCGACACACUAUUCUAUCUCUUCUACUAUCGUCAAAAUACUUACCAACAAUACUUGGCGGCCAAGUCGCUCAAAAGUCAAAGUUGGCGGUUUCACAAGCAAUACCAAACAUGGUUUCAGAGACACGAGGAGCCGAAGACAAUCACAGAGGAGUAUGAGCAAGGGACUUAUCGAUUUUUCGAUUACGAGAGUACAUGGAUGAAUCGGCGGAAAGCAGACUUCAAGUUUGCCUAUAAGUUUUUGGAAGACGAUCUGUACCAUUUUCUCCUAUGUGGAACAUGCUCCUUCAACGUCUCUGGCGCAAGUACUCCACAAUACUACCGAUCCAAACCCGAGGUCUGCGCCUUGCCCAGGAUCGAAAACGGCAAAGUAAUGCUCUUCUUCGUCAGCCUUAGCUUGUCGGCUACAAUAUUCCACCACGAUGGCCGCCAAGCUGUUGGCUGGGGCAGUGGGAAAGGUCGUGGCCUGGUGUAUGGCGGCUAUGGCAUUGCGCAGCUUAUUGUGGUGGUAUCUAUCUGA